AAAAUAAAAUGUUCCUUUACAAUUCCUUGCAGCUUCCUGCUUCAGUGUCUGGAGGAUCUUGAUGCCAACCUACGGAAACUCAAUUCCCGUUUGUUUGUCAUUCGUGGACAGCCAGCAGAUGUUUUCCCCAGGCUUUUCAAGGAAUGGAAUAUUGCAAAACUUUCUAUUGAAUAUGAUUCUGAACCCUUUGGGAAGGAGAGAGAUGCAGCUAUUAAGAAACUGGCUAGUGAAGCUGGAGUGGAGGUCAUUGUUCGGAUUUCCCAUACGCUGUAUGACCUGGACAAAAUCAUAGAACUAAAUGGAGGACAACCUCCUCUUACUUACAAGAGAUUCCAGACCCUAAUUAGCAGAAUGGAACCACUGGAAAUGCCUGUGGAGACUAUAACCCCAGAAGUAAUGAAAAAAUGCACCACUCCAGUUUCUGACGACCACGAUGAGAAAUACGGUGUGCCAUCCCUUGAGGAGCUAGGUUUUGACACUGAUGGUCUGCCUUCUGCAGUAUGGCCAGGGGGAGAAACAGAGGCUCUCACACGAUUGGAAAGACACUUGGAACGAAAGGCUUGGGUAGCAAACUUCGAAAGGCCACGAAUGAAUGCAAAUUCCCUCCUGGCAAGCCCCACGGGGCUCAGUCCCUACCUGCGCUUUGGCUGUUUGUCCUGUCGCCUCUUUUAUUUCAAGUUAACGGAUCUGUACAAAAAGGUAAAAAAGAACAGCUCCCCUCCCCUCUCCCUCUAUGGCCAGCUGUUAUGGCGUGAAUUUUUCUACACAGCAGCGACUAACAAUCCACGGUUUGAUAAAAUGGAGGGGAAUCCUAUCUGUGUUCAAAUUCCCUGGGAUAAGAAUCCUGAGGCUUUGGCCAAAUGGGCAGAAGGCAGAACAGGUUUUCCUUGGAUUGAUGCAAUUAUGACACAGCUUCGUCAAGAAGGUUGGAUUCACCAUUUAGCCAGGCAUGCUGUCGCAUGCUUCCUGACUCGAGGUGACCUCUGGAUUAGCUGGGAAGAAGGAAUGAAGGUCUUUGAAGAGCUGUUGCUCGAUGCAGAUUGGAGUGUUAAUGCUGGAAGCUGGAUGUGGCUGUCCUGUAGUUCCUUCUUUCAGCAGUUUUUUCACUGCUACUGCCCAGUGGGUUUUGGCAGAAGAACUGACCCAAAUGGAGAUUAUAUCAGGCGUUAUUUGCCAGUACUUAGAGGUUUCCCUGCGAAAUAUAUCUACGAUCCUUGGAAUGCCCCAGAGGGCAUCCAGAAGGCUGCAAAGUGUAUUAUAGGAGUGAAUUAUCCCAAACCAAUGGUAAACCACGCAGAGGCAAGUCGUCUGAAUAUUGAGAGGAUGAAACAAAUCUACCAGCAGCUUUCGCGGUACAGAGGACUGGGUCUUCUUGCAACAGUGCCUUCUAACCCAAAUGGAAAUGGAAACGGUGGCUUAAUGGGCUAUUCACCAGGAGAAAGCAUGUCUGGUUGUGGUAGUACAGGAGGAGCUCAGCUGGGAACUGGUGAUGGUCAUACAGUUGUUCAGUCAUGUGCCCUGGGAGACUCUCAUACAGGAGCAAGUGGAAUUCAGCAGCAAGGUUACUGUCCAGCAAGUAGUAUCUUACACUAUGCUCACGGAGACAAUCAGCAGUCACACUUACUGCAUGCAGGAAGAACAGCCCUUGGUACUGGCAUUAGUGCAGGGAAACGCCCCAAUCCAGAAGAAGAAACUCAGAGCGUUGGCCCAAAAGUCCAGCGACAGAGCACAAAUUAAACUGCAUUAUUGGAAGAGCUGUUUAUCCCUCAAAGAACACCCAGGACAAAAUUCCUGCUACUCUGUGUUGGAACUAAAGUGUUGUGAGAGUUAAUGUUCCUAAGUCACAUACUUUUUUUCAUAAAUUAUUUUCACUUGUUCUCAGUCGCUGUAAACAAGUCCAAUUUUUGGAAUGCGUUCUUUCUAACUGGCAUUUCUAUGGGUUUUUAACUUUUUAAUGACUAUUUCACAAAGGGCAAAUUGAGCUUUGUAUAUAAAGUAUUUGGUGAAGAGUUUGCUAACUUAUUGUAAAUAUAAAUAUUCAUGAUUAGUGAUAGACCCAUCAAUAUAUUUUUGAUAAUCUUUCAUGUAUAUGAGAGUAGGAGAAGCUGUAGUGCUGUUCUGUAAAACAGAUGGACAGAAGUUUUGAAGUUUUUAAAUCGUUCUUAUUUUUAGAUUCCAUACUUGAGCUCUGUAUGAUCAACUUCAAAUUUCCACAAAUGUAAGUGCUUAGGACUGUGUUUAAUC